ACACCAAACGCCAUCUUGAAACUGUGGAACUGGUCACAGGAGAGGGAAACGUUGAGGAUAUUGCACGCUUGGGAAAAUGCUGUACUGCCGUUCUUGUCCUCGAUACACUCAUGACUUGACAGCAGCGUGUUGACAAAACUUAUUCGCUGUUGAUUUCAUGUGCGUUUCCCAACGACGUGUCUGAUAACAUUUUGGUUGCUCCAAAGCUGCAAUUGGAUACGAUUUUUACAGGCACUGGUUGCCAGCUUUUACGGUGUGCACAACUAGCUCGUAAAAGCCAACUGACAGAACACAUUGCAGUCCAUUGGGAAGGGGAAAUACAAUGUUUCUUUUUGGAAUUGGAUUAUGCGCUAGCAUAACGUUAACCUUACAUUUUGGAAGGUGAAGACAUCGUCGUGAGGACCAAGACAUGAGAUGUAUCAAAUAUAACGUUAGUCCACGAAAGGUGGUGUAUUUAAACGUCUUUCUUAUCUAGCUAGCUGACGUUAGAUCAUUUACGAUAUCUAGAAAACUACGUAAUUUUAAACUACCUGAAGCUAGCUAUCCAGCUAAGAUUGCGGGUUAAUUAGAUAUGUUCAAUGAUAUUGUUGCUAAUUUGACUGCUUAUCACAUUUACCUGGUUUCGUCUAACUAGGUAAAUGAACAAGAUUGAAUGUAAAGAAAGGGAACAUUAAUGUUAAACACAGUGGAAUAGUUGCCUAGUAUUAUUGCUAGCAACUAGUGCUGUAAGGAGCUACGGAUAGUUAGACCAACCUGCAACAAGUCAGUCAUUCGCUAUGGUUUUAACCAUUUUGUAGCCUCUCGCGAGCUACACAAGUAUCACCUCUUCCAUAUUUUUGGACAUAAUUCUUCAGGACCUUCAACUGUGUAACGUAGUAGCAAGCCUCGUGGCUGGCCAGUGGAUAUUUUGGAGUGGGUCUUCUCAACAAACACCUGUCAACUGGAAAGUCCGUGUUUAAUACCACACUAUGUUGACAAUACUAGCUUGCAAACUAGCUGGCUAGUUGCAUUUUUUUUUUUUUUUUGCACAGACCUCCACAACACACAGUGGAGGAGCAAACCUUUGCAGCUGUGUGUUGUUUAUUUCCCGGAAAUAAAGGGAUUUCAAUUGGAUUGAAAAUGGGAGCUGCUAGUGAGCUGGCGUUUGCUGUUUUUCUCAUCUCGUUUUCCUCAGGUGCAAUCCUGGGUCGCUCGGAGACACAGGAGUGCGUUUACUACAACUCUAGCUGGGAGAAGGAGCGAACCAACCGCAGUGGCAUCGAGCCUUGCUACGGAGAUAAGGACAAGAGGCUCCACUGCUUCGCCACCUGGAAAAACACCUCGGGAACUAUCGAGAUCGUCAAGCAGGGCUGCUGGCUGGACGAUGUCAACUGCUAUGACAGUAGUGAAUGUGUGGAGACGAAAGAGAGUCCGGACGUCUUCUUUUGCUGCUGCGAAGGCAACAUGUGUAACGACAAGUUCCUCUACAGCCCCGACACGCAGGCUGUCCAAAGUAAGUCGUCAUCGACCUCCAACCCGUUUUCCCAGAAGCCUCAGCUGUUCAACACCCUGCUGUACUCUCUGGUGCCCAUUAUGGGCAUCGCCGCCAUCGUCAUCUUCUCCUUCUGGAUGUACCGUCAUCACAAGCUGGCAUACCCCCCCGUCCUGGUGCCAACACAGGACCCACUGGGGCCACACACCCCUCCCUCUCCCAUCAUGGGGCAGAAGCCACUGCAGUUGAUCGAGAUCAAAGCCAGGGGGCGCUUCGGCUGUGUGUGGAAGGCUCAGCUCCUCAAUGACUACGUGGCUGUCAAGGUCUUCCCCAUUCAGGACAAGCUGUCAUGGCAGAACGAGUAUGAGAUCUACAGCCUGACUGGGAUGAAACACGAGAACCUGCUCCACUUUAUCGGUGUGGAGAAGAGAGGCAACAACAUGGACAUAGACCUCUGGCUCAUAACAGCCUAUCACGACAACGGCUCUCUGACUGAUUACCUGAAGGCCAAUGUGGUGUCGUGGAACGAGCUGUGCCACAUCUCCCAGACCUUGGCCCGUGGCCUGGCCUAUCUCCACGAGGACAUCCCUGGGCUGAAGGACGGACACAAGCCCGCCGUCGCACACAGGGACAUGAAGAGCAAGAAUGUGCUUCUGAAGAACAACCUGACAGCCUGCAUAGCGGACUUCGGCCUGGCCCUGAAGUUUGAAGCUGGGAAGUCAGCAGGAGACACCCACGGCCAGGUGGGCACGAGGCGCUACAUGGCCCCUGAGGUGCUGGAGGGGGCCAUCAACUUCCAGAGAGACUCCUUCCUGAGGAUAGACAUGUACGCCAUGGGGCUGGUGCUGUGGGAGCUGACCGCUCGCUGCACCGCUGCAGACGGUCCUGUGGAUGAGUACACACUGCCCUUCGAGGAGGAGGUCGGCCAGCACCCGUCUCUAGAGGACAUGCAGGAGGUGGUGGUCCACAAGAAGCUACGGCCCUGCCUCAGAGAGUGCUGGCAGAAACACAUAGGCCUGGUGAUGCUGUGUGAGACCAUCGAGGAGUGCUGGGAUCACGAGGCCGAGGCGAGGCUCUCGGCAGGCUGCGUGGAGGAACGCAUCAUCCAGAUGCAACGCCAGACCAACAUCAUCGCCCCCGAGGAGAUUGUCACCGUUGUCACCAUGGUGACCAACGUGGACUUCCCUCCCAAAGAGUCCAGCCUAUGAAUGGACGAACAUUGACUGGACGUGUCAGGUGGUGGACAUGGAGCUAUUUUGAUUGGAUGUUUUCAGGUAUACAUUGAUCAACCAGAGUGGCCCGUUCAGGAUCAUGAACUCUGGAUGAUCCCGGGUUAAACUCUGACCCCUGACCCCCUCAGAUGGGUGUGCUGGCGUGGUGUGUUUUAGUGCUGUGCGCUACACUACUGUCAUUCAGGAAAUACCUGGCUGUGCCCACCAACACUGGUUUGGUUUCUACCCACUUCAUAGUAUCAUGAUGUGUUGGACUCCCAUAGCGAGCCUCAAACUGUCAAAAAGAAUCCUUCAAAAGAACACAAACCCUGUGAGCUGGGCAAAAGGGAUAUUUUCUAUAUGAAGAAAACACUAGGACCUCCUAACAGACUUCUGUUCUAUUUUCUAAGAAAAAGAAGAGGAAGAGUAUGGACUCUACAAGACGAACUCUCACAGCUCAGAAAAGGGCAACUUGUUUUAAAAUUCCUUUGCUGUUUUCUUUCUGUGUUUAUAUGAUAAUGAUAAUGACAAUUGUAAUGCCAAUAAGAAACAGCUUCUGAAUGUCACGUGUACUGCUGCUGUACAUAAUAUCAAAACAAUGGUAAUCAAGGUUUAUUUUAGGGGGGGUGAUCCAUUUCCAAGCAUUACUACUUCGAAAGCAAAACCAUAGACCUCCCUCAAGUCAACACGGUAUACCUCAGUUCCAUCUUCAUUACAACACUACAACCAUAGAAGUAGAACUACUAUUGUUGCUAGUUCUGUUAAUUCUAUUUCUAUGAUUACAACAAUCUCUCUGUAAACUAUUCAGAUGACAUCAUUACUUUGGUAUUAUUGAACUAUAUACUGUACAGCUGUGGCAGGUGAAAAUAUAAUAAUUAUCACCACAGUUUUUAAAACUAGUCUGCCAAGAGAUGUAUGACCAUGAAUUUACGCGAGCCUUCUUGUUUUUCUUUGCGAGAAUUCUUUUUGAGCAUUAUUUUGUCCUUCCUUGCUGUUUUAAUUUGUUUUUAUUGUAAACAUUUUAAUCCUACAUUUUAAGAGUAUUUCAAUAACCCCCUAAGUCAUUGAAAAUUAUAUUAUAUUUUUUAAACACUUAUUUUGGCUUGCUGUGUCAACCGAGUAUUUAAUGAUGUGAGCAUGCCUUUUGGUUAUCCUUUGAUCUUCUUUUUAAAAAAGCUCAGGAAGCUACUCUUCUGUCUCGACUCCCUAGUUAUUACCCAUCUUUAUCUCCCAGUCCCUAGCUACUACCCUUACGUCUCACCCUGUCUGUAGCUACUACCCUUACGUCUCUCCCUGUCUGUAGCUACUACCCUUCUGUCUCACCCUGUCUAGCUACUACCCUUCUGUCUCAACCUGUCUGUAGCUACUACCCUUCUGUCUCACCCUGUCUGUAGCUACUACCCUUCUGUCUCACCCUGUCUGUAGCUACUACCCUUCUGUCUCACCCUGUCUAGCUACUACCCUUCUGUCUCACCCUGUCUGUAGCUACUACCCUUCUGUCUCACCCUGUCCGUAGCUACUACCCUUCUGUCUCACCCUGUCUGUAGCUACUACCCUUCUGUCUCACCCUGUCCGUAGCUAUUACCUUUCUGUCUCACCCUGUCCGUAGCUACUACCCUUCUGUCUCACCCUGUCCGUAGCUACUACCCUUAUGUCUCUCCAGUCCCUAACUACUAGCCUUCUGCUUUGAGACGCGGGUGAACCAUCUCUUCCUGGUGUCAUCUCAACCAUAGCGUUAAAACAUCUCUACUUCUAGCCUCUCUAUCAUCUCAACUCGGUUGAGCCUUUAAUCAGUGUGACAACGUUACUACUGUAGACCCACCCUGGGCAAAACUUGGAUGUCUCUCGUCGUCCUUCCGGAAUUUGAUUUGUGAAUGUGUUCCAUUUCUAGCUUGUUGUAUGAGCUCAGAUUUGUCUUCUGGGUGACAUUGACACGGAUGAUGAUGCGUUCAUCUUUGCAUUCUCUCUCUUCACACCUAGUCAGUGUUUAAACUGGAACUACAACAACGUUCAGGGAUUCAAUACUAUGCUUUUCAGUAAUUACUACAGUAUAUGCAACUCGUGCAGAAUGGUGCAAGUGCGUACAUACUUGUAUUGCUGCAGGAGCGACUUUCACACCACUGUAGCAUUUUUUUAAACAGUUAAUCUUGUCUAUUGAUCUUUUAAUUAUUUGCAGACCUGAGCUUUUGAGUAUAAGACAGAGAGCAGGUGGGCAGGUGCCAAAUCAAACUAUUACUUUACCUCUUAUCUGAAAGACAGUGGAACGGACUUAGGGAAGGCCCAACUGCAUUACUAGAUUGUGUCUGUACUCUCGGGGUAAAGGCUGCAGUUGGCCAGUGGUCUCUCAGCGGAUGUAGGCUCUAUCACAAUUUGUCUUUCCUUGGCUCCUCACAUCCUGUCUCCUUGCCUAAUAUGGUUGAGGAUGAGGAGAGGGGAUGUAAGGAUUCAAGGACAUUUUAAUUGAGAAAGCCGUAGAAUGGUGGCCGUUACUGUGAAUCCCCCCUCCCUCCCUACACACUGGAACCCUGUAGCGCUCAGCAAUACAACUAGCAAGCAAAGGGCAUUGGAGGAAGAGUGGAAGGGGCACGCGUUUCCAAGCAGUUAGCGGUGAACCAACAAUCAGAUAUACAAUCACUACAGUACUACUGCAUUAUUUUGAUUGUCGUAUGUGCUUUUGAGAAAAAAUAAAUAUGUAGCCAUUAUGUGAUCCUCUGAUUUCUGGUAUUUUGAGGGUAUAAUUUUGUGUACCUGAUUUUUAUUUUUCAACCACAGCUACUUGUACAGAGCUGAUUUCACUGUACAGACGUUUUAAACCCCAAACCACACUACAAUCUUCUUAGUUGAUCAGACCUUGGCCUUCUUGUGAGAGGUGAUUUUCUUUCAUAUAAACUUCAGAAAGUCCAAUAACAUUUAACUUCAGAUUGACUGGAAUAUUGAAAUGCACAUUAUGUAAAUAUACAUGUCAUAUUUAGAUUGUAGUUGAUGGAUAUAGCAUGAGGUUCUUUCUAUUGUUUUUAGAAUAUAGAAGAAAAGAAGCAAAAAAAUCCCUGAUGAAUUAAUUAUUCCAUAAUAAGAUUUGUCCUGUUUAUUUUGUAUAUCUAUGUUUUUAAAUUGUUUCAAUUUAUGAGCCAAAUGGCCCAAAACGGUCACUCUUCCUUCCCCAGAUGAGACUCAUUUCUUUCUAAGGUGGUCUGAUGAAAAUUCCCUCAAAUUAAACCCUGAAUCAAUAGUUUUACAAUUUUCACACUACUGAGGUGAGCCAAACUAAGCCGAACCGAGUCGGACUGGGGUGGCCUGGUUAAGCAUCCACCAUAAAAAAAUGACAAUGUGAUCGGAAAAUAUCAGAGCCAGCAAAUGAUGGUUUGGGUUUGCUCAGUAGUGUGAAACCGGUCAUUGUUUUACCUCAGACAUCCUAGCUCAGACCCCAGAUGUUACUCUACAGCAUUGAGAUACCAUUGCUACAAUAUUCCAGCAGUGUUGCAAGAAUGUUAUCCCUUGUAUGUGACCAGCAGACAGUGUUUUCUGUAACACACUUUCUCUCAAAACAACACUAAAGCUAAACCUAGGUUAGCUUCAGUUCUGUAUUUGCUGAUAGUCAAACAGUGUGACUUGGCACAAAUGACUGUUCAGUUGGCUAGUGGACUUGCCAAUAGUUUUUAUUUUUUUUUGCAAGUUAUUUAACAAACUUUUUCAGAUGCCUGGUUGGAAGUGGAUGUUAAAUAUUGUACAGAGAAAUUGUAUGCUAUUGUCCCUAAAAUAAAGUAUAGUGACUGCUCAUUGCUGCUGA